AUGGCUGACAAAUUAAGUAAAGAGGAAAUCAAGAAGAUUUUUGACUCUUUCGAUACAAACGGCAACGGUAAAUUAUCUUAUUCAGAAAUUGAAAAUACUGUACUCAGAACCUACCCACAAUUUAAUAAUAAAAAAAAGGUCAUAAUGCGAGCUUAUAAAGAAGCUGAUGCUUCAAAGAGCGGUUACAUUGAAAUCGGUGAAUUUGGUCUUCUUCUUGAUUCUCUUAACCAUUUUUAUGAGCUAUAUGAAAUUUUUCAGAAAAUUGAUAUAGAUAAUGACGGGCGUAUCAAUUUUGAUGAUUUCAAAAAAGGGCGUAAGGUCCUGAAAUUAACCGAAUUUUCAGAUGCUGAGCUUAAGAAGGAAUUCGAGAAAAUCGAUUUGAAUAAUGGUGGACUUAUUCUCUUUGAUGAGUUCUGUGAAUAUGCUGUCAAGAGAAACUUAGUUAAACAAGUUCAUUAA